AUGUGUGGACAUGGAUUGCCGUAUAAUAUUCAACUUGCUCGUGUCUUGUCCUCGCUGGCCACUUAUCCACACCCGAUUCUAGUCACUUUUCUAUUCAAUUACAACGACAAUUUGGAUACAAAGGAGCCACGUUUGAUAGAGAUUCUCGAGUCUUUGAAAGAAAGAUUAGAUGCUUAUACGCAAACAGUUGAAGGAGUCGACGUUUUUGUUGGACGAGCAGUUCGGCAAUUGAAUAGUCGAGCUGGUAGAAUGGGGCGUCAGGAGUUUUCUUCAUAUUCUCGUCUUGUGGAGAGUCCACGUGAUGAGCCGAAUCUUGCAAAAGGAAGACAAUUCGGUGGAUCGGCGAGAAGAAAUUAUUAUAGAUAUCACUCUCAUAAAGUGGUCGAAUCAAGAGAGGCGGCCCGAGUGGACGAAACAACAAAAUGCGUUGUUCACUCGGCAAUCGUCAUGGCUCACUUGGUGCAACAGUUGGCGGGAAUUGUUCUCUCGCAUCCGAUCACCGUUCUUCAUCACUAUCAUCAUCAACCCAACAAC